UGAGUAUUGGUAGUGAGAAAACUGCCGAGCUGAAGUCAGUAUGUGAAGAUAUGCACAAUCUUUUAUGGUGUAAUUAGUAAGGAGAUGGGCAUAUUGAAGGAGAAGCUGGAAAUGAAGGAAACUGAAAACAUACUCCUCAAGGAAUCCGUUCAAAGACUAGAAGAGGAGCUCCAUGAAGUCAGGGAAUCUAACUGUCAUUUGAAAUUGGAACUCUCCACUGGAAAAAAAUUAUUUGAUAAGCAGGAAGCAGGGUUAUUGGAAGCCAAACAGAAGCUUAUAACAUCUGAGAAUUUGAACUCAGAAUUGUGUACGACUAUCGAUGCACUAAAUACUGACCGUCACGAAUCCAUGCAGACAAAUGAAAUUCUAGAAAAGAAGAUAGUUGAAAAAUCAAAUACAAAUACUACUCAAAGCCAAGAAGUUGAAGUCCUUCGGGAAGUGAAUAUGAAUUUGGUAGCUGAACUGGGUAAGUUGCAUGAAGAACUGGUUUAAUCAUUAAUGAAUUUUCUUCAGUUUUACAUCUUUUUCCUGCGUGUGCGGAUUGAUCUCCGCAACGGUUGUGGUCAUAUCAUGGUACUAUCUAACGAAUACUAUCAGUACGCUAAUCUCGUUUUCCAGUCACAAAGCACAGAAAUUUGAGUCGCACAAUAAAAUGUGUAAUGUCUUCCUUAUGUUAAUAGCAUAUAUUAGUUAAUCCUUAAUACAAAGCAUUUUCUCCUCGAUGUUCAUCAGAUUUUGGGAAUUGUCGAGGAAUGGUAGAUGAACUUUCUGUCUCAAAGCCUAAUAUGUACUAGCCAGGUGAGUCAAUUGUGUUCUUGUACAUCUUAAUUAUCUCAGUAGACAUAAUAAGCUCAGUGUUUUAAAUGGCCAAGCAAGUAAAUAAGCUUGGGGCAGUAUUUCAGCUUUCCACAUUUGUUGAGUGAAUCUAGAUUAUAAGGAGAGAGUAAACUUUAAACUGAAAACUUACCCAUUGGUAAAAGUGAACUUAUUAGGAAAACCAACAAUGCGUAAAGGAGAUCUAGCCACAAUAACAGUAGUAGCCAUAUCAAUCAACCACAUAAAUAUUUCAGCAAGAUAACAACCAAGAUUUCCAGCCACAGUAACAGUAGUAGCCAUAUCAAUAAACAUACCAUGCUCAACAACACCAGCAAGUCUCAAAAUAGCAUCACUUGCAGCUUUCAAAUCUCCCAUAUCUUUCUUGAAAUACAAAUCAAUAAUAUAAUUACCAUUAU